AUGGAAUGGGCACUAGAGGACAUCAAGGCUAAAGCUAACGACAACAACAACAACAACAACACAGCAGAACGAGCGGACCUGGUCGCCAUGGGGAACCAGCUGGCCGGGAUCGCCCCUUCACAGAUCUUGUCCGUGGACACAUAUUUCUCGGACAUCCACGACUACGAGUACGACCGCAGCCUCGGCAGCACUCGCUUCUUCAAAGUUGCCCGAGCAAAGCACCGCGAGGGACUGGUGGUCGUCAAGGUGUUCGCUAUCCAGGACCCGUCUCUCCCGCUGACCUCUCACCGCCAGGACCUAGAGGAGCUGAAGAUCAGGCUUCACUCCAGUCACAACUGCCUCCCGUUCCACAAACACACUCUCACAGAGAAGGCUGGCAUCCUGUUCAGGCAGUAUGUGAGGGACAACCUGUACGACCGCAUCAGCACCAGACCCUUCCUGAACACCACAGAGAAGCGCUGGCUGGCCUUUCAGAUCCUGUCGGCGGUGGAGCAGGCCCACAGGUCUGGGGUGCGUCACGGAGACAUAAAGUCUGAGAAUGUGAUGGUGACAAGCUGGAACUGGGUCCUGCUCACAGACUUCGCCAGCUUCAAGCCCACCUACCUGCCCGAGGACAACCCCGCCGACUUCAACUACUUCUUUGACACGUCACGGCGCCGAACAUGCUACAUCGCCCCCGAGCGCUUUGUGGACGGAGCCGUGUACUACAGCGGAGAGAGCGAAGGAGCUAACCUGGUGGAUCUACCAGGAACCAACCAGAGGAGCAGAGGGGAGCUGAAGGCUACCAUGGACAUCUUCUCUGCUGGUUGUGUGAUCGCAGAGCUCUUCACAGAGGGGGUUCCUCUGUUCGACCUGUCCCAGCUCUUGGCCUAUCGCAAAGGUCUGUAUCAGACUGAGGAGGUCCUGAUGAAGAUCGAGGACCCGAGUGUGCGACAGCUGGUGGCCCACAUGGUGCAGCUGGAUCCGGAGCUGAGGCUGUCUGCAGAGGAGUACCUGAAGCAGCAGAGGGGGCGGGCCUUCCCUGACGUCUUCUACUCCUUCCUCCAGAGCUUCAUGGUCCAGUUCACCGGAGACACCUUGAGGUCUGCGGACGACCGCCUCCUGCUGCUGCACCGGGACCUCGACCACAUCCUGCUGCGCCUCAGCCACGACCCCGCCCGGGAGCAGCAGGGUCUCACGGUGCUGGUGUCUCUCCUCACCCUCUCUCCUCUCUCUCCCCUCUCUCUCCUCUCUCCUCACCCUCUUUCCCCUCUCUCCCCCACAGACCCCGCCCGGGAGCAGCAGGGUCUCACGGUGCUGGUGUCUCUCCUCACUUCGUGCCUGCAGAACCUCCUCAGUUGUGACAGUAAGCUGGCGGGCCUGGACCUGGUGUUGCGGCUGAGUGUGCGUCUGAGCGUGGACGUGCUGCUGGACCGCAUCACGCCGUACCUGCUGCACCUCUGCAGCGACAACACGCCGCGCAUCCGAGCACAGGCGCUGCGCACACUCACCCGCGUGCUCGCCAUGAUCACAGAGGCCCCACGCAACGACACCAACAUCUACCCAGAGUACAUCCUGCCAGGAAUCGCUCAGUUGGCUCAAGACGAAGCUACGAUCGUACGACUUGCUUAUGCAGAGAACAUCGCACACCUGGCAGAAAGUGCUCUCCGGUUCCUGGAGCUGGUUCAGGAAAACCAUGUGACAAACUGUGACCAGGGACAGAACCAGGAAGAGGAGCUGAGCUCCGACAACUACGACUCUGAGCUGCAGGCCCUCCAUGAGAUGGUGCAGCAGAAGGUGGUGACGCUGCUGUCGGACCCGGAGAACAUGGUGAAGCACAGUCUGAUGGACACCGGCAUCACUCGUCUCUGCGUCUUCUUCGGGCGACAAAAGGCCAACGACGUCCUGCUCAGUCACAUGAUCACAUUCCUCAACGACAAGAACGACUGGCACCUCAGGGGCGCCUUCUUCCACUCCAUCGUGGGUGUGGCGGCGUACGUGGGCUGGCAGAGCUCGUCGAUCCUGAAGCCGCUGCUGCAGCAGGGUCUGAGCGACACUGAGGAGUUUGUGAUCUACAAAGCUCUGAACGCUCUGACAACCAUGUGUGACCUGGGCCUGCUGCAGAAGAACCAUAUCAACGAGUUUGUGUGCGACACCGCUCCGUUCCUGUGUCACCCAAACCUGUGGAUCCGUUAUGGUGCCGUGGGCUUCAUCACCGUCGUCGCCAAAAACCUGAACGUGGCCGACGUCUACUGCAAGCUCCUCCCCCACCUCACCCCUUUCCUCACCCAGCCCAUCAUACAGAUCGAUAAUGAGCUGGUCCUCCUGAGCGUCCUGAAGCCUCCUGUGUCUCGCUCUAUCUUCGACUACACUCUUCGCUCCAAAGACAUCUCUGCUCUGUUCCGCCACCUGCUGCUCAGGCAGAGGCAGCGCAGCGGCUCUCUGCCCGAGUGUCCACAGCCCGAGGACCCAGGGGUGGCCCAGCUGCUGAAGAAGCUGCUGUCCCAGGGCAUGACAGAGGAGGAGGAGGACAAACUUCUGGCUCUGAAAGACUUCCUGCUGAAGUCGCACAAAGCUAAAGCGUCCAUGGACCAGAGUCACACUGAGCAUGCUCAGAACGGGGUCAUACAACUGCACACGCUCGGCAUCAUGGGAAGGCAGGUCGACCUGGUGCGACCACGAGGGGACCCCGAGGACAAGAGAGUGUUCGCCAUCGGAGUGGGACAGUCCAACGAGGCUCAGCUCAGAGACAUCGCGUCUCAGCCUCAGGAACGGUUCCUGCUGAAGAUUGACUCGUACCAGGCUCUGCAGCGGCUCACGGAGGGUCUCCUGCAGACGGUCUGCGUGUCCGCCGAGGACACACGGCAGGCGCUCUCUGAGAAGUUUGCCGACAUCUUCUUCCUGGUCGACAGUGGCCUCUCUGCGCAGGAGUUCCAGCAGGUGCGGGGGCUGAUGAACCGCCUCCUGACCUCCCUCCCCGUUGCCACGGCAGCACACAGAGUGGGCGUGGCUCAGUACGGGUCUUCGGUGAAGGUGGAGUUUCUGCUGAACACGACUCAAACCAAAGAACAGACUCUGAACGACGUCCGGCGAAUCCGAACCCGGAAACUGCAGCCGAACGAACAACGCAACCUCGGGGCGGCCCUGGAGUACGCAGCACAGCACUUCUUCACCCCGGCUGCUGGGGGCCGUGCAGCCCUGGGGUACAGACAGUUCCUGGUGGUGGUGAGUGGUACUGCAUCGGCUGACUCUGUGUAUAGAGCGUCCCGUCUGCUGAGGUCCUCUGGCGUCAGUGUGGUCGGCCUCAGCCAGGGGGCGCCACUGAGCGAGCUCAAAGUCAUCGCCAGUCCGCAGCAAGUCUACCAGCUCCAGCCCAACCUGGCAACCAACCUGAUGACUCUGUUCAAGACACAGGAAGUGGACUCGGCUGUCAUAGGAGACUGCUCCUCCGCCCGCCUGGCUGACGUGGUCUUCAUAGUAGAUGAAUCUGAGAGCAUAGGGACUCCUAACUUCCAGCUGGUGCGGCGGUUCCUUCACUCCGUGGUGAGCGGGCUGGAGGUGGCGCCUAACCGUGUCCGAGUGGGCGUGGUCACCUACAACGACCGGCCCACGGCGCAGGUCUUUCUGGACAGCUUCAGCAACAAGACGGACCUCCUCAGAUUCCUGAAGAUCCUGCCGUACCAUGGGGGACGCACCAGCACCGGGAAGGCCCUGAACUUCACCAGAGACACCAUCUUCAGGGCGGAGCGCGGCAGCCGCAUGGGCAAAGGCGUCCAGCAGGUGGCAGUGGUCAUCACCGACGGACAGUCUCAGGAUGACGUGGGUGCUGCAGGGGCGGAGCUUCGCAGAGCUGGUGUGACUGUGUAUGCGCUGGGAGUGAAAAAAGCCGACAAGCAGGAGCUGCACAAAAUGGCGUCGUAUCCGGCGCCAAAACACACGUUCAUCGUGGACAGUUUCUCUAAACUCAAGUCUGUGAAACAAGUUCUGCAGAAAACACUCUGUCACAACAUCCUCCGGGAGGCCAUCAGUGUGUCGUCACGGCAAUCAGGGAUCAGAGAGGGCUGUGCUCAGACAGACGAGGCCGACAUCUUCUUCCUCAUAGACCAUUCCGGAAGCAUCUAUCCCUCAGAUUUCCACGACAUGAAGAAGUUCAUCCUGGAGUUCCUCCAGACGUUCCGGUUUGGUCCGGACCAUGUGCGUCUGGGCGUGGCUAAGUUCGCGGAUGAUCCUGAGCUGGAGUUCGACCUAAACGCCUUCUCUGACGCCAAGUCCCUGGAGGCUGCGGUCCUGGGUAUCCGGCAGGUCGGGGGCGGGACCGAGACCGGGAAGGCCCUGACCUUCAUGGGACCAGUGUUCAAGAGGGCAGCGGCCAGCCGCGGGCACAAGGUGAGACCUUUACCAGGUGGGACCGACACCAGGUCUCUCCCCUCCCCUCUCUCACCUCCUCCUCUCUCCCCUCCUCUCUCACCUCCUCCUCUCUCUCCUCUCUCCCCUCCUCCCCCCUCCCCUCUCACCUCCUCCUCUCUCACCUCCUCCUCUCUCUCCUCUCUUCCCUCCUCUCUCCCCUCCCCUCUCUCCUCCUCCCCUCUCACCUCCUCCUCUCUCUCCUCUCUCCCCUCCCGUCUCACCUCCUCCCCCCUCCCCUCCCCUCUCACCUCCUCCUCUCUCCCCUCCCCUCUCACCUCCUCUCUCCCCCCGCAGGUCCGAGAGUACCUGAUCGUCAUCACAGAUGGUAAGUCCACAGAUGAGGUCCAGGCCUCGGCCUCUGCCCUGAGGUCUGAGGGCGUGACCAUCUACGCCGUCGGAGUGAAGAGCGCGGACCAGGACCAGUUGCUGCAGAUCUCAGGAGACACCAGCAAGAUGUUCUUCGUUUAUAACUUUGAUGCUCUGAAGCCCAUCAAGGACGACAUCAUCACCGACAUCUGCUCCACCAGCGUCUGCCAGGACGCCACUGGAGACCUGGUCUUCCUGGUGGACAGUUCUGGUAGCAUUUACCCCAAGGACUAUGAGAAGAUGAAGGAGUUCAUGAAGAGUGUGAUCGGGAAGUCCUCUGUGGGACCGGACCAUGUGCACUUCGGGGUGAUCCAGUUCAGCACGGAGCAGCAGGUCCAGUUCCCUCUGAACCAGUUCUUCACCAAAGACCAGCUGGUGUCUGCCGUAGACACCAUGAGACAGGUCGGGGGCGGGACCCACACAGGAGAGGCCCUGGCCUUUGCUCAGCAGUACUUCACCUCCGCCAGAGGGGGGCGCCCCGCCCUCACACAGAGGCUGGUGGUCAUCACCGACGGAGAGGCCCAGGACGAGGUCAAGGAGAAUGCCAAGCGGCUGCGGGACAGUGGGGUGCGGGUCUAUGCUAUCGGGCUGGUGGACGCUAACACCACGCAGCUGUUGGAGAUCAGUGGAGACCCAGAGCGGGUCUUCUCUGAGCGGAACUUCGACGGACUCAAGAACCUGGAGAACCAGCUGGCCUUGGAGAUCUGCAACCCUGACCGAGAGUGUAAGAAGACAGAGAAAGCCGACAUCGUGUUCCUGGUGGACGGCUCGACCAGCAUCACUCCCCCCAAGUUCCUCUCGAUGCAGAAGUUCAUGUCGUCAGUGGUGAACGAGACCACGGUGGGACCGAACCUCACUCGCUUCGGGGUCAUCCUGUACUCCAACAACCCCAACUCCAUCUUCAGCCUCAACCGCUACAGAAAUAAGUGGGACGUCCUGAACGCCAUCUCCGCCCUGACGAGACUAACCGGCGACACCUACACCGGCAAGGCCCUGGACUACAGUCUGCAGUACUUCGGCCCGCAGCAUGGGGGCAGAGCGGCGCAGAGGGUCCCACAGAUUCUCAUGGUCAUCACCGACGGAGACGCCACAGACAGGUACAGUCUGGAGGCUCCAGCUCAGGCAUUGGCUCGUAGCGGAGUGGGCGUGUUCUCUAUCGGAGUGGAAGGAGCCAAUCAGACGCAGCUGGAGAUCAUGGCGGGACACAAGAAGAACCGGGUUUUCUACGUCGACAACUUCGACGCUUUGGAGACGCUCUACAAGAACAUCAGCUCUGUCAUCUGUGCGGACAUCAAACCAGAAUGUGAGAAGCAGGAGGCAGACCUGGUCUUCCUCUUGGACCAGUCCGGUUCCAUUCAGUCCAACGACUAUCAGACCAUGAAGAACUUCACGGGUGAACUGGUGCGAAGCUUCACCAUCUCCCAGGACCAAGUCAGAGUCGCUCUGGCUCAGUUCAGCAGCAGCUUCGAGCAUCAGCUGUACCUGAACGAGAAGAACACAGAGGAGAAGGUGGUAGAGCACAUCCUGGGCCUGCGUCAGCUGGGGGGCGGGACAAACAUUGGCCACGCCCUCAACUCUCUGCAGCAAUAUUUCACCGCAGCACGAGGGAGUCGCAAAGCUCAGCAGGUGUCUCAGAACCUGAUCCUCAUCACAGACGGAGAGAGUCAGGAUGCAGUGGAGGACGCGGCGCUGCGCCUCCGCAGUUCGGGGGUGGAGCUGUUUGUGAUUGGCGUGGGCCAUGUGCAUAAGCUGGAGCUGCUGCAGAUCACAAAGAGACCCGACCGACUCUUCACCGUCCACGACUUCGGAGGUUUAGAAACCAUCAAGAAGAAGGUGGUGGAUACCAUCUGCAAGUCCCGCCCCGAGCAGGAACGCACAGACUGCAGUAUCGAGGUGGCCGUGGGCUUUGAUGUGUCCCAUGGUACCGGGUGGUCACCUGGUACCCUCCUGCUGCAGGGGCAGCCGCGGCUGCAGACGCUGCUCCCAGACCUGCUGCACUAUCUGUCCACGGUCCCCAAACUGUGCUGCACUACGGGUGCCGUGACGCCCAACAUGGCGUUCCACGUCCUGGACGCCGCCGGGCAGCUCAUCAUCGACACCAACUUCGAGCCGUACAAAGGGGGCGUGGCCUCCAAGAUUAUGGAGCUCCGCCCCUCACAGCCCUCACUGCUAAACUCCGCCUACCUCCUGUCAUUCAAACAGCUGUUCCAGAAGUCCAAGGCCGGGGUCAAAGUCCUGGUCCUGUUCUCCGAUGGACUGGACGAAGACCUGAACCGGCUCCAAGAGGCCUCUCGACAGCUGCUGGACUCUGGUGUUAGCUCUCUCCUGGUGGUAGCUCUCGAGGGAGCUAAGGACAUGGCUCAGAUGCAGAUGUUAGAGUUUGGUCGUGGUUACGGAUACAAACUCCCUCUGAGCGUCACCAUGCAGAGCGUGUCCUCCAGUAUCCUCAAGCAGAUCGACGCAGUAUCAGAACGACUCUGCUGCAACGUCUCCUGCAAAUGUUCUGGACACGAAGGAGAGAGGGGGCUGAGAGGAGGGCCAGGUCCUAAGGGUGCCCCGGGGCAGAUGGGAUUUCCUGGUUUCCCCGGAGACGAGGGCGUUGCCGGCGACCGCGGGCGACCGGGACCCAACGGACCCCCUGGAGUGGAGGGCUGUCAAGGGCUCCGAGGGCAGAAGGGUUACCGAGGCAUCAGAGGAAACAGGGGAGAUAACGGAGAGGACGGGCUGAACGGGUUCAACGGGGAACAGGGAUUGCCCGGGAAAGAGGGGUCUAAAGGAGCUCCAGGACAAGCCGGAGAUCCAGGAAUCCCUGGACUGAGAGGAGAGGCGGGACUACCGGGACCGAAGGGGCUGAGAGGAGAUCCGGGCCCCUCUGGAGAUGACAACACGAUCCCAGGACCCAAAGGCGACGCUGGAAACCCAGGAUUACCGGGCGCUCAAGGAGGAGAAGGACCAGCUGGAGAAACGGGGGUCGUAGGGAACAGAGGCGCUGACGGCAGACGAGGAGCUCCUGGAGAAAAGGGAUCAACAGGAGCUCCAGGGAAUAGUGGAUUACCAGGGACCCCAGGGGCCUCCGGAGCACAGGGGCCCAGAGGAGUCCGGGGUCAGCCGGGGCCUUCAGGACCACAGGGUCUGCCUGGAGCUCAGGGAGCCCCAGGAACUGCCGGAGGUCCAGGUCUGAGCGGAAGGAGAGGAGCCAACGGACAGAAGGGUCAACCAGGAGAACCAGGGGAGCAGGGAGAGGGUGGCACCCAGGGGCCCCGAGGCCCCCCGGGCGUGGACGGCAGAGACGGGUAUGGACCCCCAGGACCUCCCGGACCAAAGGGAAAUCGAGGCUUCCCCGGACCUCAGGGACUAGCAGGAGAAGACGGUCUGCAGGGUCCUAAAGGAUUCUCCGGACGCCAAGGAAACCGCGGCCGAGGGGGGAACUCCGGAGUGGUCGGCGGAGAGGGCAGUCCUGGAGAACCGGGCUUCCCUGGACACAAGGGGCCUCGGGGACCGGCGGGUCAGCGGCUGAACGUGAGUGUUACUGACGUGUUACUGACGUGUCACUGA